AUGGACGGCUUAUACAUUGCAGCGGCAAUUAUUCACUUCAUCGAAUACGCCGGCCGUCUCGUCGCCUCGAGCCAGUCUAGACAGAGCCCAUCGAAUAACAUUCCUCUGGAGCAUCGUGAAUUGGGCUCCAUCGCCAAGUGUCUCCUGUCAAGCAGCCGCCAAAUCGAAGAGUCGCUGCGAUCCCAACAUCGCGAACACACUCAUACCAACAUCGGCAUCCUGCAACAUCAGACCGCGAGCCAUUGCCAAGGCAUCGCAGAGGAGCUUCUAGAUGCCAUCGAACUUCUUCAGGCGGCGGGACCCGGGACGAAAUGGCGAUCUUUCCGCCAGGCCCUCCGUGUUGUAUUGAGCGAUCCCAAGGUGCAGGCCUUGGAUAGAGGCUUACGCUCCUUGCGCCAUCAAAUAAUCGUUACUACGAUUGACAGCCUGAGACUUGAAGCAUCCAGGUUGAGCCGCGCCCAGGCGGCCCUUCGCCACGCCUCCGAAGGAGCACCGCCAGCUCCAGAUCGUGGUGUCUCGGUGGGAGAUCGGUUCGUAAACGACAACAGGCUCGGGGACGCCUGGCGAAAACUCAUCGUGCACUCCAUCCUCGAGAACCAACGAAACCCCAACGCGAUGCUCCCCCCGUUCCUCGGCCUCAAGCCCAAGGGUGCCUGGGCCCGUGCAUACGAGGGCGGCGUCCGGGCAAGGGUCCUGCACCGACUCACAUUCCGAAACAUGGAGGAUCGCGAGCGGCAGAUCCCCGAAGCGGACGACGGGACGUUCGGAUGGGUCUUCCGUGACCCGGCCAUCCACGAUAAGCCCUGGUCGAGCUUUAGGGACUUUCUGCGCUGGCCCACGAGCAAGAUAUAUUGGAUCACUGGCAAACCGGGGUCUGGGAAGUCCGCCUUGAUGAAGCACAUACGUCAAAGUUUAGAGACUCGAAAUUUGCUGAGAUAUUGGAGUGGGGGCCGGAAUGUCCUCCAGGCGAGGUUUUACUUCUGCAACAGCGGAGAGAGCAUGCAGAUGUCUAUCGAGGGUCUACUGCAAUCAUUGCUGCUGGACUGUCUCAGACCGAUUCCCUCGUCGAUAAUCCAGAGAGUUCUUCCAGCCCGGUGGGAAGUUGCAUGCCUCUUCGACCAAGAUGACGUUCCUUGGAGUUGGGAGGAACUGCUCGACGCCCUGCGAACGCUGUUGAUGGAUGUCUAUGCACAUCAGAAGUUCUUCUUCCUGAUCGACGGGCUCGACGAGUAUCUUGGAGAACAGCCACAGCUUAUUGAUCUGAUCAUGGAGUUGGCGGAGGAGACAAACAACCUCAAGCUCUGCGUCUCAAGCCGACGCUGGCCACACUUUCACGACGCUUUCAUGGGAAGGCCGCAUCUGGUCCUAGAGGACCUUACCGAUGCCGAUAUCGGUCACUAUAUAGAGGCCAAGUUUGAGGAAAGUUCGGCCUUCUGCCAGCUCCGACAGAGACAGCCGGAGAAUUUCGAAAGACUCAUGAGAGACACUUCCCACAAGGCAGAAGGUUGCUUCCUGUGGGCCCAGCUGGCCAUAAAAUAUCUCACCGAUGCCCUAUCAAACGGAGAUAGGAUGGGCGAUCUCGAAAAUCGGCUUGGGGACUUGUUCCCAGGAGACAUCGAGAGAAUAUUGGAAAAGAUUAUCGAGUCGUUGGAUGAAGAAGAGCGGGAUCAUGCUUCUCAGAUUUUCCAGAUCGUCAGGUCUUGUGACGAUUUCGCCACCGUCCUCUGUGUUGCCCUCGCAGAUCUCGAGGACACAGGCCUGGCCAAAAUGACGUCUGCGAAAGUGAUGCCUAUCCAGUAUAAAGAGUCACUAUCCAAGAUAAUGAGGAGAACACUGAUCAAUAGAUGUCAAGGCUUGCUUGAUAUUCCCGCACCAAACAUGGACGAAGACGACAGCGAUGAAUCCGAUGAGGAAUCUGAGGACGAGAGUGGCAAUGAAUCCGAUGAUGAAGCUGACGAGGAAGAAACAAGCGACGUAUCGUCCUCAAAACAGAACACAAUCACCAAUCCCAUAUCUCAUCUGGAGAUAAAGUAUCUCCAUCGUGUCGUCAAAGAUUACAUUGAGAGCCCUCACAUUUGGGACUGGAUUGUCAGCAUGAGCUCCGUUCGCUUCGAUCCAAAUGUGUCACUCUGCAAAGCAAACAUUCUUCAAUUCAAGGGACUGGAUCCUUUGUCUCUCUCAAUGUCCGAGUUCUGGUUUCACGCUGAAAUGGCGAUCAAAUACGCUGUUCGAUGUAUGAAUGUAGAAGGCAACGUCAGGGAAGUUAUUGAACUAUUAGACGAGGUGGACUCAACUGGAAGCGUCCUGACAUACCACUAUACCAACCCAACAUUCGUCGACCGGCCCGGCGCAUCCCUUGGAGAAUACGACCAUUGGGCCACCUUCUUCCUUCCUAGCAUCUCACACCCCAACUUCAGCCAUUUGAUGGUGGCAUGUGGGGUGCACCAAUAUCUUACCCGGCGUCUGCGCAAGGAGGAUGUGCGAAACAGCAGGCUCACUGGGGAACCGACCCCAUUGCUGAUCACGGCGGUGCAAGAGUUCGCAAGCCUAUCUAAUUGCGAUGAGUUGGCAGGCCCUCAUGUCAAAAUGGACGAGAAGAACCCGGAGAAGGCAAACGCCCUUCCCAGCAAUACAGAAGUGUACACAUUGAGGAGGAGGAGAAACAAGUCGGGUCGGAAGUAG